AUGGAAAUUCUAAAAAACGAAGUCCUCUUUUCUCGCCAAGGCAAAGCCAGUAUCCACUUCUUCGCAAACUUAAAUUUAUCCCCGAAAAGAAAGGCAAAAAUAAAGGAGCCUGAGCCUCUUCCAGCAGCUGGCAUCAAAGGGCUCCUAGAAAGCAUUGAAAAAGAACUCGAGGAUGAAGAAAAAAGCUAGCUCCUUAAGAGUGAGCUUUUUUUGUUUUAAUUUAUUUUAAAAUAAUUAUGUAAAUUAUAAAUAUUCAAAAAGAAUAUCUAAUUUAAUGUACAAAUUAAUGAUGUGUAAGAAUUGAAUAGAAUACCUGAUAUUUCAUUAUAAAAAUCAUUAAUUAUAUAAAAAAAAUAUUUUAUAAAAUAAUCUUUAUAAAGCAAACUUCUUGCUCAUGCUAAAGCAAAUAAGCCCCAAAAAUGCACAGCUUCUUUUGUAUCAGUUUCACGAGAACAAAGAGAUCACGCAUAUCGCAAUAAAACUGAGUCUCCUAAGGUAGGAAGAUAUACACCUAAAUAUAAUGUUAUAGAUCCACGAAUUAACCAAGCUCCAAAAAUAAAGGAAAAAAUAGGAGUCCCAAGACAGAGAAAAAUUUUUAUUCCUGCUUGUGUAGAUGAUGAUUUAAAUUGCUCAUUUCCAGCAGAAUAUUCGAAGACAAGCAUAGGGUAUUAUGAUAAUAAAUUAAGUCGAACAAUAUAUAACCUAAAUGAUUAUCAAGACAAGUUCAGCAAACAGUCAGAAAGUGUAAGUCCUAUUCCUGAGAAACCGGGCCAUAAGAUUAAAUCGCCUUUGGACUUUAAAAUACAAAAACCAAGGGAUCCUUUUGUGAAAUCGUCGAAUCCACCGAAUGAGCUGAGGUUUGAGUUUUAUGCCUCAGCAGAUACAAAUAAUUCUAACUCCCCCCCUCCGUGAGUGAACAAAAAAAUUUUGUUCACUCGCUGAGGGGGGUUAAUUUUUUUUGUUUUAAAAAAAUUUAUAUAUAAAUUUUUUAUAAAAUUUUUUUUUUUCGAAAAUUAAAAAAAUCUCACUUCUAUAAAAAAAUUGGGAAGAAAAUAUUAAUUUAAUUUGUAAAAAAUUAUGUUUUAAAAAACGCAAUUUGUUUAAAUUAAGCAGAUUUAGCUCUAGAUUUCAUUAUACUAAUUAUCACUUAUAUAUAUCAAAAUUUUUUUCUAUUAAAAAAAAUUUGUGUUCACUCACGAAGGGUGGGUUUUUGGGGCAAAAAAUAGGGAUUUUUCUAAUGGUUUUGUUCACUCACGGAGGGGGGGGAGUAAGCAUAAAAGGUCAAGAACUGUAGCUUUUGAUAAAAUGAUACCGAGAAAAGAUCUGCAUAAGAUUGGAGAAACUCCUGGGCCUUAUAAUAAAAAUGAAGAAAAGCUCAUGCCCAGACUUAAUUUCACGCUUAUCGAUUUCAAUAAAAACCCUGCCAGAAAGCCAUUAAUACACGAGCAUAUAUUAAGAACUCCCCAUUCUCCAGAUUUAGAAAGAUAUGACCGAGCAUUUUACAAGCAAAGCACUAUAAGAGGGUAACAUUAAUAUAGCGCAUAUCAUAUCCCCACAAUAAAAAGUCUUAGCCCAAGGGAUGACAUGAUGUACAAAACAACUGAAGCUUAUAACCUUAAUUUAUUGGGAAAAAAUUUUGCAUGUCCAAAAUUCCAAGAAGAUGGUCAAGAAUCUCAAUUGAGUAAUUAA